AUGAGCCCUAAUAAUGUUUCAAUGUCAUUUCCAAACAAGUCGCCCCGUAUCAAGGACGCUGCUAGUCCCCACCAGUGCCCCGAGUGCCACAGGUCUUAUGAAAGACCCGACCACCUAGCUCGCCAUCUAGACUCUCAUAGGAACGAACGGACGUUCCAAUGCCCGAUCUGCCACCGUGGCUUCAAUCGCAGAGACGUGCUGCAACGGCACCGACAAAUACACACUGGUGACACACCUGUAAGCAAAUACAAGGAGAGGGCUAUUGAAGCAUGCGAGCAAUGUGCAACUGCGAAAGUGAGCUGUAAUGAUAAGAACCCUUGCGAGAGAUGCCAACGUAAAGGUAUAAUCUGUGUCCCACGCAAGUCGGGUCGGCGACGUGACAAGGCAACGAGAACACCUAGAUCCGAUACCAAAACACCGCGAAGUCAGUUCGGUAAUGAGUUUGACACUGGUAGAAGCUCAACACCAUCCACCCUAUCGCUUGACCACAACCAGCAAACCAACCAGACGUCAUUUUAUUCACCGGCAUCUUCAGCAUCCUCCAUAGUACCGCUCCCUGCAUGCUUACCUGGUCACGGUUUGUCUCGCGACCCUGUGGAAAAUUACCAGGAAGUGAGCGACUUCCCAGCAUUCUUCGAACAAGUUAUGAUGGUACCCAAUAUCUAUCCCCUCACCGAAGUUUCCGAAGUGCAGCAUCCCAGAGGCGUAUUCGAUUUCAUGUGUGACCCAGAGUCUACUAGUCCAAAUGCCGGUUUGUUUGGCGCGGAUAUUCUCGCGGAUCUGGACAAAAUACUCGAAUAUAAUCCAUCACCCGCUGCUACAAAUUCACAUUUAGAUGCUUCCAAUGAGGAGCAAAAUACGAAGCAACGGGUUGCCGCAUUCCGAAAAUCCCUAUGGCUUUGGGUACCUGAGAAAAAUCAAAAUGGCUUUAGUGAAAUUGGCCAGAUACCACUAAAGGACGGCGAUAUGACAGCAUCUAUCUCAUCAUUGCAUAGGUCUCGGCUUGAAGCUUUGGACAUUCGUGGCAAACUCACUCAUCAGCUGCGAGAUAACAUUUUCCAGUUGGUUUUAUCUACAGGGGAAUCGCGGCUUUCUGUGCCCUCCUUCCCAACCGCUGAAUCACUUGAUGCCCUUAUCAAGAUUGGAAUUUCCAAGCGGACCGAGACGGAUGCGUGGAUACACCCGUAU